CCUCAGUGUGCAGAGUGGAACAACCUGCCGUUAUAGAAAGACAUUUUAAACACAGUCUAUGUCCACUAGCUUCAUGUUUUAGGUUAUUUUGAAACAAGUAAGCUUUUUCUUUCUAUUUGUUGCAACUUUUGCGUCCAUUCAAGCAAAAGCUGAGGGUUUUUUUUGUUAAUUUAUUGUUUUUUUUAAGAAUCAUCCAGUUGUUGUUUUUUUUCCCCCCAAGUUGGACGUUGUUUUUUUUUUUGGAGGACAUGUCUCGCAAGAAGGCUGGCAGGGGUAAACACACAAGCAGCCCCGUCGGGAAAGGCAGUGUUGGCGGGAAAGGUGCGAGGAGCAGCCCCGCUAUUGUGCAGAUGAACGGGGUGGUCCAUCCCAGCAGACCCCCCAUCAGCAGCAGCAGCGAGUUUUAUGACAUUGCAUUUAAGGUGAUGCUCAUCGGCGACUCGGGUGUGGGCAAAACUUGCCUGUUGGUCCGCUUUAAAGACGGAGCCUUCUUGGCCGGCAGCUUCAUCUCCACAGUGGGCAUCGACUUCCGGAAUAAAGUCCUCAACAUUGAUGGAGUCAAGGUGAAGCUGCAGAUCUGGGACACAGCAGGGCAGGAGAGGUUCCGCAGUGUCACCCACGCUUACUACCGUGACGCCCACGCCUUGCUUCUGCUCUACGACGUCACCAAUAAAACAUCAUUUGACAACAUUCAGGCGUGGCUGACUGAGAUCCACGAGUACGCCCAACAGGAUGUGGUGCUCAUGAUACUCGGAAACAAGGCCGACGCUACUCACGAGAGGGUGGUAAAGAGAGAGGACGGCGAGAGGCUUGCAAAGGAGUUCGGGGUUCCUUUCAUGGAGACCAGCGCUAGGACAGGUCUUAAUGUAGACUUGGCCUUCACUGCUGUGGCCAAGGAGCUGAAGCAUCGAUCGGCAAAGGAUGCGAGUGAAAACUUCAAGCUUCAAGAGUACGUGAGCAAAGAGGUUCAAAGUGCUAGCUGCUGCAGGUCCUAAAGAGGCCCUAAGAAGUGUUUAUGUGUAGUUGUUGGAUUGUCGACUGAGGUUCCGGAGGAAGUCCGUAGAAUCAUGUUUUUCUGCCGUCUUGCACCACCGAUUGUAUUUAGCUUCAUGUAGAAUCAGAGACUUUAUGUUAAGAACAAAUAAAGUGUUCCUACGUCAGUUAAGCUCACCAGCAUGGACUCCGAUGGAAGACGUUUCUUUCUUGUGCAUAAUUGUUAAUGUUGCUCAUUUUAACCUAAAAAAGCUAGCUUUUUGUCUUGUAAUACUGCAUAACGUCACUGUGCAAUGAAAUGUUGUUUUUUGGGGGUUUUUUCUCUUUUUUUCACCACAAAAACAAAGAAAAGUAAUUUUGGAUACACAUGUUUUUUUCAUUGGACAGAGUAUAGUGUGCAACAUCAAUUCAGGUGCAAUAAUAUAACAAUAUAAUAAUAAAGCCACCAAGUUCAACUGAUAGAUCAUAAAUCCACUCACAUUGCCUCUGACUUGUAAUAUACUGCCCCCUAGCGGUAAGAAGCGAACUUGAAAGCUAUUGAGUUUAGUAAAGGUUUAAAAAAAAAAAGGUUUUCAACAUAAAGGUAGCAUCCUUCAAUAUAUAUAUAUUUAAAUUAUUUAAAACAUGAUUAAUAACAAUAAUGUAGUAUUUAUACAUUUUAAUUUGAGAAAUGAUGUAUGUAAAUACUUAUGUUCCUGCAUGUAAAAAGGACAGACUUUCGAAUGUUUAACAUGUGAAAAUGAAGUAUUCUAUUGACAAAAAUAUGUAUAUUGAUGUGUAUAAUUUCAUGUGUUUCAUAUUCAUGACGGUGCAUUGCAUUAAUUGGCUUUAUUUAACUAUACAUAAAUGAGAACCGGUAAGUUAUGUCAUGUUGUUUUAAAAAAAAAAUUGCCGUUUAUAAUAAUAAUGUUAAGAUCAUUUUUGUACAUUUGCUUUAGUUGUUGGAAAUAAAUAGUAGGGAAGUAAGAUUUUACAUUCCGUAUUUCUUUUACUUUCUAAUGUUUGGGGUCCUUUGUUUCCUCACUACUUUUGACUACCAUCUCUUGUGACACAUGUAACUAAAGUGGUACAAUAAAAUCCUGAAUGAACUGAACAUUUUAGACGUAUUUGACAAAUGUGGAAUUUUGUUAUAGAAUUACGCUGAAAAAAUACAUAGAAA